ACUCAUGAAAGACUCAAACUUUUCUAUGUUUCCAUGCUUAUCUGAACCUCCUAUUCUCUUAUACUUUCCUGCAGUUUCUUGUUUUCUUCCAGCAAAGCUGUAACUUUUACAAACCUAGAUGUCACAAACAUUUUAGCUUUCCUUUUCAUACUUUUGCAAUGCUACAUGUUUUAAAUACAUGUUGUGACUUGGAAUCACUGUUGCACAUGUUAUCGAACAAACACUGCAGCAGCCUUUUCAGUCCUGAAUGAGUUUAACCUUCUCUUUCAUUUACAUUUUCCUGUAUAUUCCUCAUCCUUGCACCUUUGAUCCAAGGUUGCUGUUGUUUUCUCCUUAUCUCUGCUAUUUAUCUGUUUAGAGUGGACUACAGACCAGAUGCUGGAUUGUAAAACCCUUGAAAGGUCCAGAUAUAACUUCUCAAAACGGACUUAUUUUAUGUCUGCAGAGCUGACCAACAUAUUUACUAUAUGCUGAGUGCCCCACCCCAUGGUGCAUGAAAAGUGCCAACUUCCACCAAAUAUGCCAUAGAGAACAUAGAUACUCCUCUGAACCUGCAGAGACAAUGGCAGAGAUUGCUUAACACAAUACAGGUACAAUCAUGGACCUUUUCUGCAAGGCAAUACUUCUGGUCCUUCUCUUUAGGAAAGUAUUUUGUGGCGACUCAGUUGCAGAUGGCAUUGGGCCUCAUACGAUCAGACGCAUUGCGUAUCAUCUGUCCCCCUUUCAGUGUGAUAAAUUUUAUAAAAGGCUGAGUGGAUCAGAAGAGGACCUUAAAAAGUCUGUACGCAUUGUCUCUCCAGGAAUACUAUCAUACACAGACCUAGAGAUCGUGACCCACGAAGAGUGCAAAAAUAAGCUACAUGCAUGGUUUGUAACUAAAGGAGACACAGUAUAUUUGGAUCAGUUUCUAGAUGAGCUGUAUAACGUGGGACGCAUGGAUAUAGCAAAAGCAAUCGAGAACAAAAUGGGCCAGAAAUUACAACUUAUAUUGAAGAAAUACAUGGAGCCCUUUCAGGGAAAAACACUUUAUAAUGAGGAAGAUGAUUACCUGGACUUCAUUGUUGAACAAGAAGAACUCCCACCAUUCAAUCAGACCCUGACAGAUUGGAUGUGGCCUCUGUUUAAUGGGCUAAUUAUUGGUUUUCUUGGAGGAGCUGUCUUGGCCGCUCUUAUUUUUCUGCUGGUUUUUAGCAUUACUGGGAUUGAUAAUUUUGACCUUGACUUGGCACAGCUUGCAGAGGGUUUAGAUGAGGAUGUAGGCUAGUUAACAAAUUAAUAAACACUGUCUACAUG